GCAGAGAAUUAUUAACAGCUGACGUGUUAUUAUUGACGAGAAACAAGAGUCGUCAGCAAUUUGUUUAUAGCGAUUUUAUUGAUACUAUUGCAUGUGGAAUAUGUUUUAGCAAUUUAAUGUGGUUUUAUGUACAUAUAAGAUUUUAUAUUAAUAUAAUAAAAUAAAUAUAUAAAUUAAAAAUAAAAAUGAAACUACCAGAACAGAGUAGAUUUGUAAUAUAUGCAUUAGGUAUAUUCCUUUGUUACUUUUUAUAUGGCAUUGUGCAGGAGAAAAUUACACGCGGCCGGUACGGAACAGAAGUAAAUGAAGAUGGAAGCAUUGGUGCACGUUUUACGUAUGCACUAGCCUUAGUCUGGGUACAAUGUUUUUGUAAUUUUAUUUUUGCUAAAGGUAUGCUCACUGUGAAACCACAAAAAGAGGACACAACACAUAUAGGCUAUUACGUUAUAAGUGCUUUAACUUAUUUAUUGGCGAUGGUAUCUUCUAAUAUGGCUUUGCGUUGGGUACCAUAUCCAACACAAGUUGUUGGUAAAGCCGCAAAACCGAUUCCUGUUAUGAUUUUAGGUGUUCUAAUUGGGCGCAAAUCAUAUUCUUGGAUACGUUAUACUUGUGUUUUUACAAUUGUUGUAGGAGUUAUUUUGUUUAUGUAUAAUGAAAGUAAAAUUUCAAAUACACCGGCAGAAAAAACUGGACUUGGUGAAUUAUUAUUAUUUUUAAGUCUUUCAAUGGAUGGUUUACUUGGUGCUGUUCAAGAACGUAUGCGCGCCUCUAGUUCACCUUCCGGGCAACAAAUGAUGCUAGCAAUGAAUUUUUGGAGCACUUUAAUGCUUGGAUUUGCCAUGAUUGUUACAGGAGAAGGCAAGGAAUUUGUGUAUUUUGCUACAUGUCAUCCUGAACUUUGUAUUCAUUUAGCGAUGCUUGCACUUUGUGGUGCGUUAGGUCAAUUAUUUAUAUUUUUAAUGGUAGCUGGAUUUGGACCGUUAGCUUGUUCUGUUGUAACGACAACAAGAAAAUUCUUUACGGUACUUUGUUCCGUAUUGUUAUUCGGUAAUGUGUUAAUAGCAAGACAAUGGUUUGGAGCAGUUUUAGUGUUUGCUGGUCUUUUUGCGGAUAUGAUAUAUGGAAAAAAAACUAUAAAUAACAAGAAAUCUGUAGCGAAUAAAGAAAAAGAAACUGAAGAAAAGAAAAAAUUGAUUUCUUAAAUGUUAUAAAGACAAAACUAGUUUUGUUCGUAUUUAUUUGCAGCAGUAAAUUGUAUAAAAAAAUAAUUUACAUCUUUGAAAAUAGUUAAAUGCAA